AUGAAGUUCGGGAAAGAGUUCUCGUCGCAGAUGGUACCUGAAUGGCAUGAAGCUUACAUGGAUUAUGACUAUCUCAAAUCCCUUCUUAAAGAUAUCAUCAAACACAAUCGCAAAACCAAUCCUCACGGUCACGAUCAUCAUCACGGCGAAGGCUUGCACCGGAAAUUGACUCUCUACCGGACAUUCAGCGGUUUGCUCUCAACGCCCAGACGAAAGAGACAUCAUCACGGGCACGGACACGGCAAUGGUCAGAUCGGUCAUUUUUCAGAUUCCGAUGACGAUAUCGAGGAAGGAUUGAAGUCGGCGACUGCGCCGAUUCUGGUGAAUUCGGUGAGUCACGGGUACGAGACGACGUUUCUGAUGGCGACUGAGGAAGGUGGAGAGUACGAGACGGUGUUUUUCCGGCGAUUAGACGACGAAUUCAACAAAGUUGAAAAAUUUUAUAAGGGGAAAGUCGAUGAAGUGAUGAAAGAAGCAGCGAUGCUUAAUAAGCAAAUGGAUGCUCUGAUCGCGUUUCGUGUGAAAGUGGAGCAUCCUGACGGCUGGCCAUGGGAGGAACGCACGGUGGAGAUGACUCGAUUAGCUUCGGAUGUCGCCGAUUCCGCCGCCGCCGUCGCUGCUUCCACUCCCGCCGGAGCUAGAUCCAUGAAGGUUGGAGCUCAAGCUCACAUGGAGGCGAUACAGGAAGGAGGAUCGAGCAAAGCUGGUAAAUCCGACGAAGAUGAUGAUAACGACGAUGAAGAUGUGGAGAAAGAAGGAGAUAACGUCGUUUCCGACGAAGCGGCCGGUGACGUAAGCAGAUUAAAAGCGAAGAGACCAUCUCCGAUCGAGGUUUUGGAUCGUGUGAAGAUCAACCAUACGAAGGAAACGCCUCGGUCCACCAUUAAAGGCGUUCUCUCGAAGUCGACGGAGCUUAAGUUUAGCAGAGAUAACCUUAGGAAAAUCGAGGAGAAGCUCAAACGCGCCUUCGUCGAGUUUUACCAGAAGCUUCGGCUACUCAAGAGCUACAGCUUUCUGAAUGUGUUGGCGUUUUCGAAGAUUAUGAAGAAGUAUGAUAAGAUAACUUCAAGGCAUGCGACAAAGUCUUACAUGAAAAUGGUUGAUAACUCUUACCUUGGAAGCUCUGAUGAGGUUAUGAGACUCGUGGAGCGUGUCGAAGCUACGUUCAUAAAGCAUUUCGCGAAUGCUAACAGAUCAAAAGGAAUGAACAUCUUGAGACCCAAAGCUCAAAGAGAGAGACAUCGAAUUACAUUCUCCACAGGUUUUAUGGGUGGAUGCGUGUUUUCUCUAGUAGUGGCUCUAUUCGCCAUCAUACGCACCCGAAACAUUUUGCAGGAGGAAGGCCAACACCAGUACAUGAACACUAUGUUCCCUCUUUACAGCUUAUUUGGGUUCGUGGUGCUGCACAUACUCAUGUAUGCUGGGAAUAUUUACUAUUGGAGGCGGUAUCGAGUGAAUUACUCUUUCAUAUUUGGUUUCAAACAAGGAAGUGAACUUGGCUAUAGACAAGUCCUACUUGUGGGAUUCAGCAUUGGAGUCCUUGCGCUUCUUUGUGUUAUUGCUAAUCUUGACAUGGAGGUUGACCCCGAAACGAAAAAUUACGAAGCAUUUACCGAACUUCUUCCUCUUAUCCUGCUCAUUGGUAUGUUUAUAGCUCUAGUCUUGCCAUUCAACAUCUUCUACCGCUCGAGUCGCAUCUUCUUCCUCACAUGCCUCUUUCACUGCUUUGCUGCUCCUCUUUACAAGGUAACGUUACCAGAUUUCUUGGUGGGUGAUCAGCUAACAAGUCAGGUGCAAGCUCUUCGAAGUGUCCAGUUUUACAUAUGUUACUACGGUUGGGGAGACUUCAAACAAAGGAAAAACACUUGCGGUGAAUCACAUGCCUACAAUGCUUUCUUUUUCAUCGUUGCUGUCAUCCCAUACUUCUCUCGUUUACUUCAGUGCUUGAGGAGGCUGUUUGAAGAGAAAAACGCAGAGCAAGGAUACAAUGGCCUCAAGUACUUCUUGACUAUAGUGGCUGUUUGCUUGAGGACCAUGUACAGUGUCCAAGAGGAGAAUCAAUUUAUCUGGAGGAUUUUAGCUGGCAUCUUCUCAGCUAUUGCUGCCAUUUUCUGUACUUACUGGGACUUAGUCUUGGACUGGGGUCUCCUAAACAGGACAUCUAAGAACCGCUGGCUCCGGGAUAAACUCCUUGUGCCCCAGAAGAAAGUGUACUUCAUCGCAAUGAUCUUGAACAUCUUGCUCCGAUUCGCGUGGCUGCAGACCGUUCUGGAUUUCAACUUUUCAUUUAUGCACAGACAGACGAUGGUUGCUGUUGUAGCCAGUCUUGAGAUUAUCCGCCGUGGGAUAUGGAAUUUCUUCAGGUUGGAGAACGAGCAUUUGAACAAUGUGGGCAAGUACAGAGCAUUUAAGACGGUUCCAUUACCGUUUAACUACGACGAGGAUGACGAUAAAGACAACUAG